UGUCAAUUUGUCAAACAAAUGGAGAUCACCACCAUGUCCCAAGCCAUGCAGCUCCAUGCCCAAAUCCUCAAAGCAGGCAACCAGCAAAACCAAAACCUCUCAAAGCUCUUCACGUUCUCUGCUCUGUCUCCGUCUGGAGACCUCUCCUACGCCCGUCUCAUUUUAGACUCAUUCCCUGCCCCAAACUCUUACUACUACAACACCAUGAUCCGAGCCUACUCUCAAAGCUCCGACCCGAUUCAAGCCCUCUGUCUCUUUCUACCCAUGCUUGAAGACCCGGCCCACCACACGCCCCGUCCCGACAAGUUCACAUACCCUUUCCUCCUCAAGUCCUGUGCCCGUUUGAGACUGACCCAUGAAGGAAAACAGCUUCAUGGGUUGAUAGUCAAGUCGGGUCUCGAGUGGGACCGGUAUAUCCAGCACUCAUUGAUACAUAUGUACUGUUUGGGUGGCGAGUCGGGUCUUGCUUAUAUGGUGUUCGACAGAAUGCCUGACAGAGAUGUGGUGUCAUGGACCUCAAUGAUUGAUGGGCUUGUUGAGGAUGGUAGGCCCAUCGAGGCAAUAAGGUUGUUUGAGCAAAUGGUGGAUGAUGGGGUGGAGGUGAAUGAUGCGACGGUCGUGUCGGUUUUGAGAGCUUGUGCAGAGACAGGGGCGUUAGGCGUUGGGAGGAGAGUGCAUGGGGUUGUUGAAAGUAGAGGGAUUGGUUUGAAGGCUAAUGUUUGUAGUGCCCUUAUUGAUAUGUACGCAAAAUGCGGGUGUAUAAAGAGUGCAAGGCAGGUUUUUGAUGACGUUGUGGACAAAGAUGUUUUUGCAUGGACGGCUAUGAUAUCGGGCCUUGCUAGCCAUGGUCAUUGUCAAGAUGCUAUUGACUUGUUCAGUAAGAUGCAAGGUUUUGGUAUUAAACCUGAUGAGAGGACAAUGACUGCAGUUUUAUCGGCGUGUAGGAAUGCAGGUCAGGUUGCAGAAGGUUAUACAUAUUUGAGAAGUAUACAAAAUGAAUAUGGAGUUAGGCCUACAAUUCAACACUAUGGAUGCAUGGUAGACCUCCUUGCUCGAGCGGGUCACUUGAAAGAGGCUGAAGAGUUCAUCAGAAAAAUGCCCAUUGAACCUGAUGUGGUUAUGUGUAGAAACUUGAUAUGGGCUUGCAAGGUCCACAAGGAUAAUGAGAGAGCAGAGCGUUUGAUAAUACAUCUUAGGCAGCUAAAGAUGGGUUCAAAUGAUAGCGGAAGUUAUGUACUUAUUGGCAAUGUGUAUGCAUCAGCGGGAAAAUGGCAUGACAAGGCAAGGGUUAGAGAAUUAAUGAAGCAAAAAGGACUAGUAAAACCACCAGGGUAUAGUAGGAUUGAGUUAGACGGAGAAAUUCAUGAAUUUGCCGUAGGAGAUUCAGGUCACCCGGAAGCAGAAACAAUAUACAGAAAAUUGGAAGAAAUAGAAGAUAAUUUGAGGAAAGAAGGGUAUGAUCCAAAGCUUUCAGAGGUUUUGCUUGAAAUUGAUGAUGAGGAGAAAGCUUUUCAAUUGAGUCACCACAGUGAGAAGCUUGCUCUUGCCUUUGGUCUAAUUAGAACAAGUCCAGGGUCUGAAAUUCGGAUUGUGAAGAACUUGCGAUCUUGUGAGAACUGCCAUGCUGUUAUGAAACUAAUUUCAAAGGUAUACCAACGAGAGAUAAUAAUGAGGGAUCGAAUACGAUUCCACCAUUUCAAGAAUGGGGAUUGCUCUUGCAGGGAUUACUGGUGAUAUUCCAGUAGGAAUACCAUUUUGAUUGGUAAUUAAUUCUUUGCAUUUCCAAAUUAUAAGUGACAUGUAUACCGACCGAGGAACCUCAUGACCACCUGUUCCUCAAUCAUCAUGGGAGAACUCAAUGGAACUGAGAGGGCAAGAAACCUGAUGGGGAGAAAAUGAAAGCAUAUGGCUGGAAAUUUGGCUGGAAAUUUGGGAUGUACAUGGUUUACUUACCUGUGUUCUCAACGAAAUUGCAUACAGGCUAUAGCAGAUGCCUAAAAAGGAAGGUCUCUGCUCCUAACACAAGGCCACAGCUAUAGCAGAUGCCAAGAAAGGAAUGUCUCCUGCUACUAACAAAAGGCCACUUUUCAGGUAAGAUUUAGCUGUCACUGCUCUUCAUUUAUGUCUUCAUACAAUUUAAUCCACCAUUGGGUGCAUUUUACUGCUAUCCAUGUAAAAUUGUAGAAAGCAUACACAUCAAACUACCAAACCAGAAUAUUUAUGAUGAAGGAAAGGUUAAGUAUAUUCACUUUUGUCAAAGAUAAGUG